GCUUCCAGAAGCCACAAGGCACAGGACUUUCAACCUAUCAACAGCAACAAUGAUGAAGACAGCCAUCAUUCUAGCCUUGCUGCAGAUCGCCAUGGCAGCCAACCUACCCGACAAAUUCAAGAGGUGUCGUGUAAAGGAUCCAGAGGCAGACAGCUGUCUGAGAGUCGCCCUUCAGGAUGCUUUGCAGAAAAUUGGUAACACAGGAAUUCCUUCCCUAAAUAUGGGGCCGCUUGAGCCUUUGAACGUAAAAGAGAUCAAGGUAGAUCAAGGAGGCCAUGGUCCAGUCACCGUAAGGCUGCAGUUCAACAAUCUCAAGAUUUACGGUAUCCCUGAAUCCAGCAUUACAAGUUUCCAACUCAGCAACUACGAGAUCAUGGCCGAAUCAGUUACCCCUGUAUUCAAGUUUGAAGCCGACUACGUCAUGGACGGACAGCUACUUGUGUUACCCGUCAAGGGGAAAGGGAAAUGCUUAAUCUGGCUGGACAACUUGAUCACAAACCAUGACAUCAGGGGCAGGCCCCUGACUCGUGGGGGCGACGUCUAUAUGGACCUACAGUCAUACACAAUCAAAAUGAGGACCAAGAGAUUACAUCUCAAUUUCAAGAAUCUUUUCAACGGCGACAAGACUCUCGGUGAAACCAUGAACUCUUUCAUGAACGAGAACUGGGACGUGAUAUUCACGGAACUGAGGCCGUCCUUGGAGAGAGCCUUCGGAAAUGCGUUCCUUGAGUACGCCAAAGUUAUCUUCGAUCAAGUUCCCCAUAAUGACAUCUUCCUACAAUAAAUUCUACAGCGAACUGGCAAACUAUACCUAUUUCUAUUCACGUUUCAAAAGAAAUACAUUGAUAAAUUCUUUGCCAGUUUCAACCCAGUGAAUACAUAACAAGCAAUCUUAAAAACAUAUUUUGUUAAGCAGACUUCUUAUAGUUAUCAUAUCCCCCCAGAGGUAGCAGCACUGUACGUAAAACGGUAAUUUACUACGGCAUCCCUGCUCUGCGGGUAUUCAGCAACGGCUGCGUGUUUAUCGUUUUGCAUUAGCAAAACACACUUAUUAAUUUAACGGUAUUUACAUUUCAUGGUAACUCAGUUAUAAGCGAUUCUUGCCAGUGCGUCAAACCUCGUCGUCUUUGACACGGCCGUCUGUCCGGCUGCAUGAAAUAAGAAAGAUCAUAAUGAACAGAUUUUGAUUAAAUUUGUUAUUUACGGUACAUGUUAAAUAAUAACGUAUGAGAUGAAACUAAAUAUUAUGGAUUACACACAUUU